CUUUUCUUUUAUACAAGUAAGAUGAUUCUUCUGAAUUCUUAGUCUUCCACUUCUUUAAGACAACAUUUCUUUGGAAGAAUAAUACAAGGAGACUUAGAAAUUAUUGAAAUUAUAAAAUUUUGGAAUGGACAAGCUGAGAAUAAUAUUUCUUGAAGACUCUGGAUCUGCUGAUUUCAGAAGACAUUUAGUCCACUUGAGUCCCUUCACUGUUGCUGUGAUCUCACUUCUCAGUGUGUCUUUCAUAACCGGUUCUCUUGGAGGAACUGAAAAGGAGCUGAGGCUGGCGGAUGGUGAAAACAAGUGCAGUGGCAGAGUGGAACUGAGAGUGCAGGAAGAGUGGGGCACAGUAUGCAGUCAUGGCUGGGGCAUGGAGGAAGUGGCUGUGAUUUGCAAUCAGCUGGGAUGUCCAACUCUUGUCAUGGCCACUGGAUGGACUAAUUCCAGUGGUGGAUCUGGACGUAUUUGGAUGGAUCAUGUUUCUUGUAGAGGGAAUGAAUCUGCUCUUUGGGACUGCACCCACAGUGGAUGGGGAAAGGCUAAUUGCACUCACCAACAAGAUGCUGGAGUAACCUGCUCGGAUGGAUCUGAAUUGGAGAUGAGGCUGGUGAAUGGGCGUGGAAGGUGUUCUGGAAGAUUAGAGGUCAAAUUCCAAGGACAGUGGGGAACAGUGUGUGAUGAUCACUUCUACAUGGAUGAUGCUUCUGUGGUUUGUAACCAACUUGGAUGUGGAGGUGCUAUUGGUUUCUCUGGUUCAGCAAAAUUUGGAACAGGUUCUGGACCGAUCUGGCUUGAUGAUGUUGAGUGCCACGGGAACGAGUCAGCUCUGUGGUCCUGCAAACACAAAGGAUGGGGACAGCAUAACUGCGGUCAUUCUGAAGAUGUUGGAGUGAUUUGCUUGGAGGGAGCGGACAUGGGCCUGAGAUUGGUAGAUGGAGUUACUCCUUGUUCAGGAAGACUAGAAGUGAAAUUCCAAGGAGAAUGGGGGACAGUAUGUGACCACAGCUGGGACAGUGAUGAUGCUGCUGUGGUCUGCAAGCAACUGGGAUGUCCAACUGCCGUCACUAUCCCAGGUCGUGUAAAUGCCAGUGAAGGAUCUGGAAGUAUUUGGCUUGACAUUGUUGCCUGUAAUGGACAUGAAUCUGCUGUUUGGUAUUGUAGACACCAAGAGUGGGGAAAACAUUUUUGCAAUCAUAAUGAAGAUGCUGGGGUGACGUGUUCUGAUGAAUCAGAUCUGGAUCUGAAACUUAUAGGUGGAGGCAGCCACUGUGCUGGGACAGUGCAAGUAGAAAUUCAGAAAACUGUAGGAAAGAUAUGCAGCAGAGGCUGGACACUGAAAGAAGCUGACAUAGUUUGCAGACAGCUAGGAUGUGGAUCUGCAGUUCAAACAUCUUCCAUACUGUACUCCAAAACUAAAGCAACAAAAACGUGGCUAGAGGUACACAGCUGUAAUGGAAAUGAAACUUCUCUUUGGGACUGCAAGAACUGGCAAUGGGGUGGACAGGACUGUCCCUAUGAAGAAGCCCAAGUUACCUGCUCAGCCCACAGGGAGCCCAGGCUGGUCGAAGGGGACGUUCCUUGCUCUGGUCGUGUUGAAGUGAAGCACGGGGACAAUUGGGGCUCUGUCUGUGAUUCUGACUUCUCUCUGGAAGCUGCCAGUGUCCUCUGCAGAGAACUUCAGUGUGGCUCAGUCAUCUCCAUCCUAGGGGGAGCUCACUUUGGAGAAGGGAAAGGACAGAUCUGGGCUGAAGAAUUUCAGUGUGAAGGAAAUGAGUCCCAUCUUUCACUCUGCCCACUUGCACCUCGCCAAGAUGGGUCUUGUGACCAAAACAGAGAAGUUGGCAUAGCCUGCUCAAGAUACACAGAAAUUCGCCUGACCAAUGGCAAGUCCUCGUGUGAGGGAAGAGUAGAGCUCAAGGUGUUUGGAGAGUGGGGAUCCCUCUGCAACUCUCGCUGGAGCAUGGAAGAUGCCCAUGUUUUAUGCCAGCAGCUGAAAUGUGGAGUUGCUCUUUCUACCCCAGGAGGAACACAUUUUGGGAGGGGAAAUGGCCCGGUCUGGAGGCACAUGUUCCACUGCAAUGGGACUGAGGUGCACAUGGGAGACUGUCCUGUAACUGCUUUUGGUGCGUCACUGUGUUCUGAAAGCCAAGUGGCCUCUGUCAUCUGUUCAGGAAACCAGUCUCAGAGAAUAUUGCCCUGCAAUUCAUCAUCUCUGGAGCCAACUAGCUCUACCAUUCCACAAGAAAAUGCUGCUACCUGCUUAGAAAACAGUCAAAUUCGCUUGGUAAAUGGAAAUGGUUACUGUGCUGGGAGAAUAGAGAUCUACCAUGAGGGCUCCUGGGGCACCAUCUGUGAUGACAGCUGGGAUCUGGAUGAUGCUCAUGUGGUGUGCAGACAGCUGGGCUGUGGAGUGGCCAUUAAUGCUACCGGUUCUGCUCAUUUUGGGGAAGGAACAGGACCUAUCUGGCUUGAUGAGAUAAACUGCAGUGGAAAAGAAGCACAUGUUUGGCAGUGCCAUUCCCAUGGCUGGGGUCAGCAUAAUUGCAGGCAUAAAGAGGAUGCAGGUGUUAUCUGCUCAGAGUUUAUGUCUCUGAGACUCGCAGGAGAGAGCAGCAAGGGCCCCUGUUCAGGACGUCUGGAAGUGUUUUACAAUGGAGCAUGGGGCAGCAUUGGCAAGAGUGACAUGUCCCAGACCACCGUGGGGGUUGUAUGUAAGCACCUCGGCUGUGGAGACAAUGGAACCAUUGAGUCCACAUCUUCAGACAAAGCACCAUCCAGGUUCAUGUGGGUGGACAAGGUACAGUGUCCAGUAGGAACUAACACACUAUGGCAGUGCACAUCCUCUCCAUGGAAGCAGAGAUUAGCCAGCCCCGCCGAGGAGACUUGGAUCACAUGUGACAAUAAGAUAAGACUUAAAGAUCAGGAGAAACCUGCAUCUUGUUCCGGACGCGUGGAGAUCUGGCACAGAGGCUCCUGGGGAACCGUGUGUGAUGACUCCUGGGACUUAGAUGAUGCUCAGGUGGUGUGCCGCCAGCUGGGCUGUGGCAAGGCUGUGAAGGCGCUGAAAGAAGCAGCUUUCGGUCAGGGCACGGGACCUGUAUGGCUCAGCCACGUGCAGUGCGCAGGAAAUGAGACCUCCUUGUGGGACUGUCCCGCCAGGCAAUGGGGGCACAGUGACUGUGGGCACAAGGAAGAUGCUGCAGUGCAGUGCCUCCCAGUCAGUGCCAAGAACCCGGGUUUUUCAGGGCACAAGUCUCUUGUUGUUUCUGUGAUCUUUGGAGUCAUUCUGUUGGCACUUCUCAUCGGAUUCCUCACAUGGAUUUUGAAGAAGAGACAGAUACAGAGGCUCGGAGGACCUCUAUUGUCAGUUUUCUCAAGAGGAGAAUUUUUUGUUCACCACAUUCGAUACAAAGAGAUGAAUUCGAGCCGGAAGGCAGAUGAUCUGGAUCUACACGCUUCCUCUGAAAAAGAAGCUUCUCUGAGCCACAGUGAUGAGAACGGGAACUUAUAACCCAGUGAGCCUUUAAGAUAUCUUGGUGAAGAUCCAUUGAAUGGAGCCAAACUGCAUCCCUUCCCCUGACUUUUGCAACAGCACUUGUGUAGAGCCCUUUGUGUCCUAAUGUUCUGAAGACUGCUGGUGAACUUUAAAAGUGAAACCUGUGAAUGUGACUUCUUCACACUAUAUGUGAAACUUUUAAGAGAAUUAAAUUAAAAGUUAUUACUAAUUUGA